UCACUGCCGAGAGGGGAUAACAUAAGACUACUCUGGGCUUCUUGCUUCACUGCUGUUCCAGGGCUCUUUCUCUCUAUCUUGCUCGUGAAGGUGGUCGUGGGAGCAGGGCUCCUCUUCCCGGCGCUAGCGAAAGAGGCGGACGGUAUUCUAUUUACGUGGAAUAGGACAGCUAGACGCGGAGCAUCUCAAAGCAAGGGUACACGGCACAGACAGAGGAGGCUGUGCCACAGUAGUAGUGCUAUACUUCACACGAGGAGACGCCCCACGUCGUCAACACAGUGGAGGCCUUCGAGCUAGAACGGACGGGCAUUAUAGGCAUCCGCUUAUAGAAGAGGCAGCAGGAACAACAGCAUCAGCAGCAGCAGCAGCAGCAGCAGCCGUACAGAGCACCCGGAGCAUCAGCGAUCAGCUUGAGAGGGAAAAUGACCGACCGCACCGAUGACUUCAGAUUGAUCGCGGCGGCACUUCCGCCACAACCACGGCGCGCAUCGCCACACCCUCCAAAGCCGAAGCGCCCAGCGGCAGCAGGCGGGGCGGCGGGAGCGGGGGGCGUGGCGCAUCAGGUGUCCACGUUGGGGGAGUUCCACUCGGCGGCAUCCUCCAUCGCCAAGAGCAUCCACAAGGUGUCCCAGAAGCUGGAGCACCUAACGAAGUUGGUUCAACAGCGUGGAUUGUUCAACGACCCGGUAGCAGAGAUCAACUCUCUCGUGCACGUGAUCAAGCAGGAGAUGCAGGACCUCAACACCGAGCUGGACGCCUCGCAGACGUACGUGAAUCGGCGAAAGCAAGAGAUGGGAGAUCGGAACCAGGCUGCCAACCACAGCGUCAACGUCGUGGGCCAGCUGAAGAUGGAGCUUAUCAACACAGCGAAGACGUUCAAGAAUGUCCUUCAGCAGCGAUCGAACAACCUCAAGGCCCAGAAGGACCACAGAGAGAUGUUCGUUGGCAGCCAGUCGUCCACCCUGGCGCUCGCGCCGCCGCCGGCCUACCGGCCGCUAGGCAUUUCGCCCUUGAAGCCGUCUGGCGAAAACGGAAACGGGAGAUCAUCUCUGGGCGGGGGACAGGGGGCCAACGGCGGUCCCCCCCCAGGGGGCGCGUUAGGGGCGGCGGGGGGGGUGGGGGGCUCGCCGCUUCCUCGACCAGGGCAGGUGACGUCAUAUCCCGAAGCGGAACAAGAGGCUUCGGCGGAUACGCCGUUGAUAGCGGCGCAGGGGCAACAGCAACAGCAGCAGCAGCAGUUUAUGCAGAUGCAGCUGGCAUCUGGAAAUCAGGGGUAUCUGGAGUCGAGAUCUUCGGCUGUUCAAGAGGUGGAGGGGCACAUCGCCGAGCUGGGGUUGAUCUUCAACAAGCUCGCGACAAUGCUUCAGGACCAGCGAGAAAUGGUUGAAAGCGUUCACGACAACGUCGAAGAUGCGGGAGAGAGCGUGAACCAGGGGCACUUGGCACUCCUGAACACGAUGCGAUCCCUCAGCAGCAACAGGCGACUCGCGCUGUCCGUAUCGGGAAUAUUGCUGCUGUUUGCGCUCUUCUUUUUCGUGUUUCUCGUUUGAGUAGAUUACCAUUUUCGCGACGGUCUCCAUGUCGCAGCCGUUAUCUGUUGUCGUCGACAUUUUUUUUUCGGGGGGAAGGGGGUCCGGUUUCUUAGAUACCCGCCCCUCCCACGGUGGUGAAUGGUUGUUAGGGUGGUCGGUUGAUACCUGUUUGUCUCGAGAAGGAAUAGCAGCAUUCAACGUAGACAACGUAUGCAAUAUAUUGCCCAGCAGUGUGCAAACGAGAUUCGCGUGGUUAGUGUCGUUGUGCACGGUGAAAUUGUUCUGGUCUGCCUUGUAGUUGGCGUACCAAGAGAAUGGCGUUUUAAGCUGUCGAGGAACAGAGGCACACACUAACUAUUUCAGCGUUGUGGCGUCAGUGUUGGCUUCUCCAUUAUGGCGGCAAUUACCGCAAGUCGCAUUAAUUAGAUGACACGCCCCCCGGACCCCUUGACCGAAUUACGCUCGAUUACUCUCCGCGACGAAAAGAGGAUGAC